UUCAGAAAUUGUAUAAUUCUUCACUAUUCCGCUUUCGAUCUAUUGAUACUUCAUUCUAUUGAUAUCAUUCGUUUCCAAGAGUUUGAUUGUUUGAUUCCUGAGGAAGAUUAUAUAUGGCUGGUAAAGGCGAGGGACCUGCUAUCGGUAUCGAUCUAGGAACGACUUAUUCUUGUGUCGGAGUUUGGCAACAUGAUCGUGUUGAGAUCAUCGCGAAUGAUCAAGGCAACAGGACCACUCCGUCUUAUGUUGCAUUUACUGAUACUGAGCGCUUGAUUGGUGAUGCUGCCAAAAAUCAAGUCGCUAUGAAUCCUACCAAUACUGUUUUCGAUGCUAAGCGUUUGAUUGGGAGAAGGUUUAGCGAUCCAUCUGUGCAAAGUGACAUGAAGCAUUGGCCAUUCAAGGUGGUAGCUGCUGGUCCUAGUGACAAGCCAAUGAUUGUUGUCUCCUACAAAGGUGAAGAGAAGCAGUUCUCUGCAGAAGAAAUCUCUUCAAUGGUACUUAUCAAGAUGAAGGAAAUCGCAGAGGCAUAUCUUGGUAUAACGAUCAAGAACGCAGUAGUAACUGUCCCUGCUUAUUUCAACGACUCCCAGAGGCAAGCAACCAAAGAUGCUGGUUCCAUCUCUGGACUCAACGUUAUGCGCAUUAUCAACGAGCCAACAGCUGCAGCCAUUGCGUAUGGUUUGGACAAGAAAGCAAGCAGUUCUGGUGAAAAGAAUGUCCUGAUAUUCGAUCUUGGUGGUGGUACUUUCGAUGUCUCGUUGCUCACCAUUGAAGAGGGGAUUUUCGAGGUGAAAGCCACGGCUGGUGACACGCAUUUAGGAGGAGAGGAUUUCGACAACAGAAUGGUGAACCACUUUGUCCAAGAAUUCAAGAGGAAGCACAAGAAGGACAUUAGUGGUAAUCCAAGAGCGUUGAGGAGAUUGAGAACCGCAUGUGAGAGGGCUAAAAGGACUCUCUCGUCCACAGCACAAACUACGAUCGAAAUUGAUUCCCUAUACGAAGGGAUUGAUUUCUAUACCACGAUCACGAGGGCUAGGUUCGAGGAGAUGAACAUGGAUUUGUUCAGGAAAUGCAUGGAGCCGGUGGAGAAGUGCUUGAGGGACGCGAAGAUGGAUAAGAACAGCGUUCACGACGUGGUUCUGGUGGGCGGCUCAACCCGAAUUCCGAAAGUCCAGCAACUACUGCAGGAUUUCUUCAACGGGAAAGAGCUCUGUAAAAGCAUUAAUCCGGAUGAGGCAGUAGCCUACGGUGCUGCAGUCCAGGCCGCUAUCCUGAGCGGAGAAGGAAACCAGAAGGUUCAGGACUUACUUUUGUUGGAUGUAACCCCACUUUCUCUUGGUCUAGAGACGGCUGGUGGAGUCAUGACGGUUCUGAUUCCAAGAAACACCACAAUUCCAACUAAGAAGGAGCAAGUGUUCUCUACAUACGCGGACAACCAGCCUGGAGUGUUGAUUCAGGUCUACGAAGGGGAGAGGACGAGAACUAAAGACAAUAACUUGUUAGGGAAAUUUGAGCUGAGUGGCAUUCCACCGGCCCCUAGGGGAGUCCCUCAGAUAACGGUCUGCUUCGACAUAGAUGCCAACGGUAUUCUGAAUGUUUCGGCGGAGGAUAAGACUACAGGGGUGAAGAACAAGAUAACGAUCACAAACGAUAAAGGGCGGUUGUCGAAGGAGGAGAUUGAGAAGAUGGUGCAAGAAGCAGAGAAGUAUAAGGAGCAGGACGAAGAGCAUAAGAAGAAGGUGGAGGCUAAGAAUGCGCUGGAGAAUUAUGCAUACAAUAUGAGGAACACGAUAAAAGAUGAGAAGAUUGGUGGGAAGCUAUCUCCAUCAGAGAAGAAGAAGAUUGAGGAAGCUGUAGAGGGUGUAAUCAGCUGGUUGGAUGGUAAUCAGCUGGGAGAGGCAGAGGAAUUUGAGGACAAGAUGAAGGAAUUGGAGGGUUUAUGUAAUCCGAUCAUAGCCAAGAUGUAUCAAGGGGAUGCUGGUGAUGGAGGUAUGAUGGAUGGUGAUGGUCCUCUGCCUAAAGCUAGUGGAGGAGGCAGUGCCGCUGGACCUAAAAUUGAAGAAGUUGAUUAAUUUGUGAGUGUGUUUUGGUUGCUGUUGGUUCGAUUUGUCUGUCUGUUUGUAUUUUUCUUUUCUUUUUUAUGCGUUUCAAGUUGGCUGUGAGCCUGUAAUCAUCUUUGGUCUAAAAUGAACUCUACUUGAUUUCCAAAAUGGGGUUUGUGAAAACGGUCCCUUUUCAAUGGCAUCAAUCACCGUUUUACAUCUUUA